AUGGACGACGCUCUGGCCCAGUUCAGCAGCAUCACAGGUGCAGAUGCUGACCGAGCAAAGUGAGCGUUGCGCGAGGCACUCGGAACAAAUUCUUCCCGCCUGAAUGCCGUCUAACUUUUCCACUCGUCCGUCAUGAUCCAAGAUUCUUUGUGGAAGCUGCAGGAGGAGACGUAACCCAGGCAGUGAGCGCUUUUUACGAGUCUGGCGGCAAUGAUGCUGCAGACGCUUCCGUCGCUGGCGAAGCCCCGGUUCAAGAAGGUGAGCAGCGCGUGCGAUGGGAUGUUUGGCGCUUGAAUGUGCUCACCGAUCUCGUCUGUGACGCAGCAUCGGCUACGAGCCCGGAAUCUGCAUCAGCGCCCAGCUCGGGACCUCGAACUCUAUCUGGUGCUCCGGCUGAGCCUUUGCCAGCUGGGUGGGGAAGUAGCUCUGCGCGCAGUGGAGGCGCAUCCAAGUCCGGUGGCGGAUUCAGUGCAGGUGGAGGUCGAGGAGGAAUCUCAACCUUGAGGGAUCUGGCUGGCUCUUCGGCCAGCUCAGGUGCAGGUCGUCCAGGUCUAGGCGGAAUUCGUAGGGGACAGGAUUCGGACGAUGAGGACGACGGACCACCGGAUCUGUUUGCAGGCGGUGAAAGGAGCGCAUUGAGCGUGCAGGAUCCCAACGGCGCGCGAAGAAGAGGACAGGGCUCAGCUCCUGACGUUGUUGGCGACAUUUUGAGACAGGCGGCUGAAGCUAGCGCUCAGCGAGGUGGCGACGAGCAGCCGACUCUUCCUCGAACUGGCGGUCAGACGCAAAGUAGCUUUGGAGGCAGAGGCAGGACCAUCGGCGAUUCGGGCGAUAACAACACCGAGACAGCUGGAAACACACAGCCUCCGACCGUGGGCAACGACGAUGGGAACGAAGAGGAAGAGGACGAUGAUGAUGAGCCAGUGACGCGCAACUUGACGUUCUGGUCUGAUGGCUUUAGUGUGGAAGAAGGUCCCUUGAUGCGCUACGACGAUCCUCAACACGCAGACACUCUUGCACAGAUCAACGCUGGACGCGCACCAUUGAGCUUGCUGGGUGUGAGAUUUGGUCAAAGAGUAGAGCUUAGAGUAGCUAGACGCACAGACGAAAAGUACACGCCGCCUCCGCCUCCUCCUAUGCGUCCAUUUGGCGGCGCCGGGAACAGACUGGGCAGUCCAGCUGCAACAUUCACGGGAAUCGGAUCCAGCGUGCCGGGAAGCUCCACCGCCACUGCAUCGACGACGGCCGCUCAGCCAGCAGGAAACAAUGCACUUUCUGCUACGAGCACACUGUUCCAGGUGGACUCUUCCCAGCCAACCACAUCGUUGCAGAUCAGACUCGGAGACGGGCAAAGGCUGACCGGACGCUUCAAUCAUACUCACACGGUUGCCGAUGUCCGAGCAUACAUCAAUGCGUAAGUGUCGCGAACGGGCGAUCGUGUCGACGGACGUAUCGCCUACAAGCAGCGGCUGACGCUGAAGCUUCCACCCGUCAGAUCCUCUGCCGGCAUGGCAGCCAGAUCUUACGUGUUGCAGACGUCUUUCCCGCCCAAGCCGAUCGAAGAUGAAAGUGUGACUUUGAAAGACGCCAAUCUUCUCAACGCAGUCGUCAUCCAAAAGUUCACAUAG